AUGUCUGGGGCUACGAAUUCUGUUGCUCCUCAAGGAGCAGGUGAUAAAAGUGUUAGUCAUCUAAACCCUGACUAUGACAGGGAUAUGACAGACGAUGAAGUCGAUGGCUUGACCAACACUUUGGGUCAAGUCCAAAGGGCCCAACAAAGGAAUCUGAACCAUAUUGAAGUUCCUGAUGAUGACAAGUUUUAUGUAGAGGAACCUCCUACCUCACCUGUUACACCCACUCUUACAUCUUCCCUCACUAAGAGGAUUGCUAAAGCAUACAGUUAUGUUGAUUCACUUACUCCUACCACUAAAAAGCUCAUAUAUUCCAUUUCUGGUGUUGAUGAACCAAUUCCUACUGUACCUGAUCCUUGUGCAUCAUUUGUAGCUCCCUCUGUUCCUUCUAGUGUCUCAAGCAACACAUAUACCUUCAUGCAGUCUAACACUAGAAUUGCAUCUUCUCUCAAAUCCACCUAUGAAAUUCCAUGUCCUAUUAUUUUCAACCUCACCAAGGUGAAAGUCCACAUACCUCUUACAGUACUCACUCCUUUGGCACUUCGCAAGAUCCACCAGGACCCAUCAUGCAUCAAGAUAAUGAAAGGACUCGUCAACGAUCCUAAACUAAGUGUUAUGGAUGCAACAUCAUCUGGGUUCUCACCGGUGACAAGUUUACUGGCAGAUCAAUUUAAUGAAGCCUUUGGGAACUUCAUCAAGAAAGAGACAAUUUUAGUGAAAACUAUCGCACCAUUCUUGUGUUCGAUAUCAAGGCAUGCAGAAAGUUCCUUUAACACCCUUACUUUUAUGGACAGACCUGCAUACCUCGACCAAUUGGAAAGAAUCAAAUCAAUACCAAACUGGAAAACCAGUCUUCAUCUUCUAGCGGUUCUCAUUUCCAACCAUACCCUCCUAAGAAACCCGACCAUACCUUGUCAGGAGGGGGCACAUCCUUUGAACGAUAGCAAUGGCAAGCCCUUCAUAAGGGCAAAGGAGCAUCAACUGACCAACUCCUUUGCAUGA